GUAAACGCAUCUUAAGUACAUGCCUAACCAAGGUUUUAUAAAUGUCAAAAUAAUCUGCAUGGUUUUUCUUUAAAUGAAUCUAUUUAAGAAAAACUGUUAUUCCUUGUUUUUUUGUAAUUAUCGAAAAGUGUAAAGUAAAAUAUUAGUUUGUAAAAUAAGAGACUAGCAGAAUGGCUUUGAAGAUGGAAGACUUACAAAAAUUGGAAGAAGAGGCUAAGGCAAAAGCAACAAAAUAUGGGUGUAAUCUAUUGCAACGACCAGGUCAAUUGGAAAAAAUUGAUAUGUACAAACGUAGAAUAGCCCGGAAAAAAGCUUCCGUGGAAACUAUGCUCAAAACUGCAAUGCAAAGUCAAUUAGAUGGAGUUCGUGUAGGUUUUGAACAGCUUCAGAGUUCUUUAGAAAGUAGUGCUUCUAUAAAACAGGAUCUAAAUGAUAUUGGCAAGUUGUUCAGUAAAGUUCCAGAACUUAGCACUAAGUUGCAAGCUGUUCAAGAGGAAAACAUGCGUCAUUCUCAAUAUGUUACCGCCAAAGAAAACUUGAAACACACGUUUACUUUGCCAGAAAGCGUUGAAAUGACCAAACAAUGGAUAAACCAAGGGAAUCUUUUGUAUGCCCAUCAAAUUAUUAUGGAUCUUGAAAAUUCAAGAGAUGAUCUGCUUUAUGAACUUCACAAACUUCCAAAUCAAUCACCAGCUGAUACUGUUAUGUUGAAAGCUUAUUUAGAGGAUGUUGAAAUGCUUUCUGAGUUAAUGGAGAAACAAAUUAGAUUAGUAUUAAGUCGUACAUUAAACACAGUAAGAAAGGAACCUACUGUUAUUGUAACAGCAUUGAGAAUCAUAGAAAGAGAAGAAAAAGCAGAUCAUUUUGCUAUUCAAAGACAUAAGCAAAGUGGAUUUAUGCCACCAGGAAGGCCUAAGAAAUGGAAAGAUAUGGCAAUGAAGGUUUUAGAAAAAUCUGUAGCCAAUAGGAUUGAAGGAACUCAUGUCGAGGAAAGAGCAGAUAACAAAAUGUGGCUAGUUAGGUAUUUAGAACUUACAAGACUUUUGAUUUUAGAAGAUUUGAGAGUUGCUAAAACUCUUUGUGAACCUUGUUUUCCACCUUGGUACAAUAUUGUAAGAACUUUUGUUAAGAUGUAUCAUACAAGUCUGUCGCAACAUUUAAAGGAUAUAAUUGCCAAUGGACUGGAAGGAAAUGAAUAUGUAUCUUUAUUAUCAUGGAUUAUGAAUACUUAUACUGGCCCAGAAUUAAUGCAACAUCCAGAAUUAAAUAUUGAUACAAGUGACAUAGGCCCUUUGUUGAGUCCUGAAAUUAUAACUGAUCUACAAGAGAAGUAUUUGAAGAAUAUGUGUCAAAAUUAUGAAGAUUGGAUGAAAAAGACUUUGGAAACUGAGAAAGUCGACUGGUGGAGUGGAAUAUUGCCAGAAGGAAGCACUCAAGAAGCAUACUAUCACACAGCAGCACCUGUGAUUAUAUUUCAGAUGAUAGAUCAGAAUCUUCAAGUUACAAAAACAAUUAGUACUGAAUUAACAGCACAUGCUAUAGUUUUAUGUAUUGAACAAGUAAUUAAAUAUGGAUUUAUGUACAAACAAGCAAUAUUGGAAUUCAAAAACAAACAUUUUGAGGAUAGAAGUCAAGUACCAUACUUUACACAUCAUAUGAUUACAAUUGUUAAUAAUUGUUUGCAGUUUACAGAACUAGCACAACAAAUGAAGCAGCUGUAUUGGGUUGCUAAUGCUAGUGGAGAUGCUACUGUUAAAUUCGAAAAUUUAUUGUUUAAUUAUCAACAAUUACGAAAUGAAGCUGCAGCCAUAUUGCUAGAAGAAUCUUUUCUUGAUUUAGAAUUGCAAUUUCAAGAUUUGAUUACUCCCAAAUGGUUAUUAUCUCCUAUCCCAGUAGAAACCAUUUGUGUAACUUUAGAAGAUUAUUUUCAAGAUUACAAUCACCUAUGCCCAAAAAAUUUUGAUUAUGUUAUUACAGAAGCACAAAAUCUUAUUGCAAAGCGUUAUAUUUCCGCAAUGUUACAAAGGAAGAUAUCUUUGAAAACGUAUGAUGAAUGUUUAACAUGUACAUCAAAAAUAAUGACAGAAUCUGAUAAAUUAAAAAAUUUCUUCGAUAGAAUAGCUCCAAAAGUAGGAAAUUUUAAUUCGCCCUUUGAAAUAAUCAAACGUCUUGCGGAAGUAUUACGUUGCGAAGAUUCGGAAAUUCUUUCUCUUGAUCUACAUUCUUUGGUUGAAAAAUAUCCAGACAUGACUGAAGAUCAUUUAGUCAGAUUAUUGGGCCUCAGAGGUGAUAUUUCUCGUAGUGAGGCAAGGGAAAAGGUUUCAUACAUUUUAGAAGCUCAACGUAAUCGUAAAGCUCCGCAGUCUAGUGCACAUAGUAUAUUUAAACAAAUAUAUAUACAAGAUAGUUUUCUCAGUUGGAAGCCUUGAAAUUCAAAAGCAAUUUGCAAAAAAACUACAUUAAAUGUUGUUUUUCACAUAUCAUUAAUGAAGAUGAUGUAAAUGGUAUAUUGUACUUAUUGUAUUAAAGUCGUAUAAGUAUUUAAGAAAUUUAUAAUGACAAAAGAAUUACCAAUGAACAUAAUAUAUUAUUAUAUUGUAAAUAAUUAAA